AGCUACCCCGACCGCGAUCUACUCUCACCGUGAUCAGCUACUACUGGUACCGCGACCACUACCGCGAACAGCUACGAGCACCCGCACCCCAACGACAGCGGCUUCCCCAGUACCCGCGAACAAACCGUUGCCACGAUCACGAUCGUUGUGGCAUUGACCCCAGCGGUGACCACCCUCGAACUCACCACUACCACCAGCACCACAACCUAGAGGUUGCCUUCAGGCCCCCACCACACUCUACUCCCCCAACACCCCUUACACCUAUCCCCCCACUACCAUUGGCACAACCCCCACCAUGCCCGCUACAGUUCCUGCUUCCACUGCCAACGUCGCCGGCUCAUUCAUAAACGACGCUGGCCGCCGCUGCAGCCGCCGCGUCGCGUCUCGCGCGCCUGCGCCUGCCCCAACACCUGCUGUGAAUGCCACAAGCGCGGCGCCGCGGCCACGUGCUCGCGCUACCGGCCCGGCAUCCCGGGCCGCGCCCGCCAACGCCGGCUCGAAGCGCAAGUGCGGUGCGGGGAAUGGGGAGGCAGAGCAGGAACAGGAGAAGCCCGCUAAGAAAGUUAAGGGCAGCGAUAAGACAACGAAGAAAGACGACGCGUCCAAGAAGGACGAUGUACCCAAGAAGGACGAUGCACCGAAGAAGCGCAAGCGCGGCACUGCUGAUGAGGCGGAGAAGGAGGAGGAUGAAGAGGAGCGUCCCAGAAAGCGUAGGACGGGGAAGGAGGGUGGGCAGAAGGAGGGAAAGGACAGUGCAUGCAACAAGCGCAAGCGUGCUUCCGAGGAGGAUGAGGAGGAUGAGGAGAAAGAGUGUCCAAAGAAGCGGAACACCGCUGGCAAACAGAUGAGCAAGGCUGCUGGAACGAAGAAGACAACCACGACGAAGAAAGCUACCACGACUAAGAAGCCCUCCGCGACGAGGAAGGGCACCGCGGCCAAGCGCACGAAGACCACCCAGAACACUCAAAGUAUCACAACCCCUACUGCCUGCCUCGACCAGCGCGCGCCUGAGACUAGAGACAACGGGGAGGGCACAAGCUCGACGCCCAGCUCCACGCCGGCGCAGGACCACACCCCGCAGCCAGCGCAAAACCCUACCUCACAUCCCACCGCAUCAACCUCCAGGCCCAAAACACCCCGGCGCAGGCUCACAUCCAUCCCUCCGCCCGAGGCCUGGGGACCGGACCGCACAGCGUCCCGGCCCAAACACCCAUACACCACGCCACCGCCCGUCCCUCGUGGCAAGUACGCCCCCGCUCACCCUACCCACACACCCGAGGGCCUGCCCAUCCGCUUCCCUCAGCCCUUCAAUGAUCCGAUCCCAGAGACUAUCCCCGAACAAACCUACGAGCCUACUCUUCCCUUCCCCAAUGCCGAGGAGUACGGGUACGCGCCGCUCGGGCAGCGCACGCGCGACCACGCCCUGCGGCGGCAGCGCGCCACGUUCUUGCCGCCGGCUCAGCAGGUCGCCCCAUCCGAAAGCACCGAGCCUUCCGCCCCACCCUCGCAGCCUCCCAUCCUUUCUCCGGCGCCCUUACCGCCAUCCCGCCGCAACAUCCUCAUCCCCACGCCGCGGCUGCCCUCCCAGCCCGGGCCCGACUGGCUCAUCGACCCCACGAACACGCGCGCGCGCAGCCCGCGCGGCUCGCACUACCGCUGGCACGAGCGCCGCCUGCACGACUGGAUCCCCGACUGGAACGUCAUGGCGCUGUUCUCCGCGCACCAGCGGCAGAAGCACGCGAAUUACAAGGCGUUCGUGAGGGGGCACCUGACGUUCGCGAAGCACCGGCCCGUGGACGAGACGGAGGAGGCCGUGCUGUAUGGCGAGUACGUGCCAUAUACGCGGCAGCCGCUGCGGCGGCACGAGCAGCUGGUGCAGUUUGGGUGGGUGAAGUUGGAGGGGGAGGAGGAAAGGGAGGCGGAGCGUUUGUGGGAGCAGUGGCGGCCGCGGCUUGAGCAGCCGGUCGCCUCCACGAGCAGGCUGCCCGAAGCAUCUACGAGCAGACUACCUGAGAUCCGCGUUGCGACUGCCAACGAGGUAGAGCACGAGGAGGUCGAUACGGCUAUCGAGAAAGAGGUCGAGGAGGAAGUGACUUACGUUGGCAAAGGCAAGGGCCGGGCGCUGUAAUUGGUUGAUUCUUCCUGUUCUUUAUUCCUCUUUUCUUUUCGUCGCCUUUCUUCUUUCCCAUUUGCCUGUAUCUGGAUCUGUUCAAGAGCAUCGUGAACGACGUGCGCGACAUGUACCAGCCUUCCGCUAUCGUGUUGCAGUGUUUUCUCAUAUCUCCUCUCCUCACGUUCGUGACUUUCUCCCAUUUCUCGCUGUAUCCUACUAUAUAUACCCUUGCCAUCUUACUCACUGUGAUUUGCUUAUACCCACUUAGAAGCUAUACGUAUCCCUGUGUUAAAUUGUCUCUUUCUCUCGCGUGUUUCUCUUGUUCUUUCCGGUUUCUCUUACUCAAGAAGGAUAUCUGCGCCACAGCUCG